AUGGCGAUUUUCGCGAUCGGAGAACGUUUCUUCACGAAGGCUUUGCUGGCCGCAAUUCUUCUUGCAGCGGCAUACCCUUACAUAGCAGGUCGGCUGUGGAUUAUCUCAGUCAUUCGUGCAAAUGAACCAUCUCUUAUCACGGAGUUCAACAACUUCACCGAGUACGAAGUCAAAUACCAACAUGAGCUUAAGAAUUGUGAAGAUGCUCUCAUUAUCGAAGGAAAGGGUAGCGCAGUCUUGAGUUGUGACCCAGGCCGCGAUCGGUGGAACACCGUCAUGGGAGUGUCCGACAACCAGUCUUCCGUCCCUUCUGGAGCCCUUUAUCUUUAUCGCUACAACGAGCGCAAGUAUCCCAGCGCGCAUGGAAUAUUCAAGAUCGAGUUGUUGGAUUUUGCCGACAAUUUGAAAUUUCACCCACUUGGAAUUGAAUAUCAUGAGUCAGGUUCGACCUUAAUAGUUGCAAACCAUCAUUUUGACGGGCCUCGACUGGAGGUUUUCACACUCGAUAUCAUCUCCAACCCGCCAGUGGCACGUCAUAUGAGAACAAUCAUUCAUCCACUGAUCACGACACCAAAUUCAAUCCGUGCCAUCAGUGCUCAUGAGUUCUUCGUCAGCAACGACCAUUAUUUCAAAAUACAAAAGAAUCGCGCCUUGGCUAAGAUUGAGACUUAUGCUGCUAUACCCUUGGGGAAUAUCGUCUACCUAGACUUGAAUAACUUGUCUGCUAGCCGAGUACUCUCCAGAAUCCCAUAUCCCAAUGGUAUAACGCUUUUGAAUGAUUCAACACUUGCGGUAGCAGCAACAAGCUCAUCUCAUGUGAGACUCUACAAUAUCAGCCCGGACAAAACACUGAGCUUGACGGAGACAAUUAAAGUUCCUUUUAUGCCGGACAAUUUAUCAACGGAUCAGAAAGGAAGACUGCUGAUCAGUGGGCAUCCUCACCCCGCGAGCUUGGAAAGGAUGGUCAAAAGCCGGAGAGAAUGUUUGAGAGGCCAGCCGGUGGAUACAAGCGUGUGCGAUGCCAUGAAAGUUCCGAGCUGGGUUAUGGAGUGGGGAGUGGACGAAGGGAUUAGAACUGUCUAUCGGACCGCUGGUGAAUUUGGGUCCAGCUCAACAGCUGUGAGGGAUAGUGAGUACGGGCUGACCUUGAUAACUGGACUUUAUGCACGAGGAAUCAUUGCUGGGAGAGAAAAGUCUUAA